CAGGCAUGUGUCAAACAGUUACACAAAAAUGCCACCAGUACUAUCUAAGGAAGAAAAAAGAGAGAAGAAGAAAAUUGCAGAACGUAUUAGGAUGGAAAACAUACGGAAAGAUCCAGAAAAGUAUGCUUUAUGGCGAGUUAAAAUGCAAGAAUCCUAUUUAAAAAGAAAGAGAGAAGGUAAGAUUCUUUCAGUUAGCAAUUUAACGCCUAGAGAACAAAAAAAUCAAAGAAAAAAGAGUAGAGAAAGCUCAAAAAAAUCGUACUACAAAAAGAAAUUAAAAGAACAGACAGAAAAAGAAAUUGCUGAUGUAGUUAGCAAUGAAAAUAUUAUUAUGAGCGACCCUUUUAGUUUGACUCCAAAGAGAGAAGAAGAAAUCUCAAGUCCAUCUAGGCCGAUAAAAUCGCCUUCACCGCCAACACCAGCAUCAGUCCCGAUAAGAUCUCACUGGGUGCGUUCCCCAAAGAAUUAUAAAUCGGUUUCACGAAAGUCCAGAGUGCUUUCUACAAACGCUACAGUAUUCAAUUUAUCAAGGUCAUCUACGAUGUGUUCCUCAAUAACUCCUGAACCAGAUUCAGCGAUUUCUUUACAACUACGGUCCCCAAUAUCUCCAAAACCUGAUUCAAAAAGAUUUCUUCAGGUAUAUAGUCCAACAAGUUCCAUAUCUGACUCACCCAGAUCACUCAGUCCACAAAGCAAUACCGCAAUUACUGGUAUACCUAUUCACAUUGAAAACCCAAAAUGUGUACAAACUGCUCAACAAAAAAUAUCUGCGAAGAAGAAAUCUCCCUGGAAGCAUCUCUUACGCAAAUAUAAAUACCGAUACCACGCAGAGCUACGAAUCAAAGACCAACAAAUUCGAGAUCUUAAAAGAAUGAAUGAGAACUAUAAGAAGUUGUUACAGCGAUGGCGUAGAUUUAGAAAGUUCAAAAAUGCACACAACCAACAUGAACAAAAAAUACAAGAGAUAGACGUGUCUGAAAAUAAGAAAUUACACUUUGAGUCGAUUUGUAGUAAAGCCAAAGAAGACAUUAUAAUUUUUUUAGAAGAAGACGAAAAUAGCAGGAUUUGUCCAGGAAAAAACGAAUUUGUAUCAAAAGGAAAAAUAAAAAAACAGAAACGAUAUCUCACAGACUCUUUAAAAAAUUUACACAAAAAGUACAUUGCCACUUCUCAAUACAAGAUAAGCUAUAGCAGUUUUUGUAAGCUCCGACCAUUUUGGAUUCGCAUACCAACCGUGAAUAUUCGAGACACCUGCUUAUGUAAGGUUCAUGAGAACAUGGAACUGGUGGUAACAGCUUUACGAAAAAACUAAUCUUAUUGAAGAGAAAUCCACUACCCAAAUCCUACAAUAUUUGUGUUGCGAUAGCAGAAAUGGUGAUUGUUUGUCCAGAAAUUGUGUACUGUGCAAAGAUAAACAAAUAACUUUUAAGGAAUUUGAUAACUCUAAAGAGACUGGACUUGGAAAAAGGUAAAAAAAACUUACUUCAAAGAUAGCCAAGAAAAAUCUACUCUUCAAACAAUUAAAGAGAAAGUCGUAGAGUUUCCCAGAAACAUAAUUGAACAGUUUCAUAAACUAUUAGAACCUUACAGAACCUUAGAAGUCGUCGUGGCCUAAAGGAUAAGACGUCCGGUGCAUUCGUGUGUAGCGAUGCACCGGUGUUCGAAUCCCGCAGGCGGGUACCAAUUUUUCUAAUGAAAUACGUACUCGACAAAUGUUCACGAUUGACUUCCACGGUGAAGGAAUAACAUCGUGUAAUAAAAAUCAAACCCGCAAAAUUAUAAUUUGCGUAAUCACUGGUGGUAGGACCUCUUGGGAGUCCUCACGGGUAGGUACCACCACCCCGCCUAUUUCCGCCGUGAAGCAGUAAUGCGUUUCGGUUCGAAGGGUGGGGUAGCCGUUGUAACUUUACUGAGACCUUAGAACUUAUAUCUCAACGUGGGUGGCGCAUUUACGUUGUAGAUGUAUAUGGGCUCCAGUAACCACUUAACACCAGGUGGGCUGUGAGCUCGUCCACCCAUCUAAGCAAUAAAAAAUAAAUAAAAAAAACGUGCGCCACUAUGGAAAUAUUACAGGACAAUAUAAUCACAUAAAACAGUUAAAAGAAAAUGUAACUACAGAAGAAUGCAUUGUACAUAGUGACUUUAGUGAAAACUACAACACAAAGUAUGCAUCCGAGAUCCAGUCUUUAUGGACUGUAUGGAUACAUCCGUGGUCAGCAUUUUGGCGCGUAAAAUAAAGUCUGUCGUUUAUAAUUGAAAAUCUUCGAAUUUUUAAUGAAAGUUCCUAUUCGUCAAGGGUGUUUUGAGCUUUCAUUAUCUCAUUUAUUAUUUCAUUAUCUAAUUAACUUGCCAUCAUUAUAAUUAUCUCGGCAGUCUGUCACAGGUAUUAGUUUAUUUAUUGGCAAAAAACCAUUCUUUUCACCUCCAUCACCAUCUCUCACACACCUCACGUCCCACACGCCAAAUAAGGCGUAAUAGUAAAAGGUAUUUUGAUUAUUAAAAUGCUUUAAUACAAAAUGCAUUUUUCUAUAAUUCUGGACCUCCUCUAGAAUUUCUUAAACUUUGUGGCCCGCCAUUAAAAAUAUUUGCCCACCACUACUACAGAUAUUAUCAACUGCCGUCCUUUCUUAAGACAUGUGUCCUUACAGUCUGUACAACUGUAACUCAUUACCUAACGCUUCAGGAAAAAAUAAGCCAAUGGAAAUGAAAACCAAUUAUUAUGGAAAUUAAAAUUUUUACAGGUUUGAUUUUUAUUACAUGAUGUCAAUCCUUCAAGGUGAAAAAAGUACACUUAAACUUUUAGUUAUUAUGUUUUGUUGCUGCUUGAAGAAUGCAGUCCGUGGGAGUAACCCAGAAAAACGAAUAUGUUAACAAGGCCGCCGAAGCGGUACAGCUGGUGUUCAGGGGUACUACCUUAGACUAAAACCAAUGUGCUUGGUUACAGCCAAAUUAAUACCCAGAGUUUGCGAGUAUUCAACAGUCAGCAAAAAUUUUUAACCCUUGACUUUGGUAAUAGUUUUACUCUCAUAAUCAACAUUCCAAGUUUCAGAAAUAGAUUAGAGUUAAUAUAAUUUUUUAUGAAUACAUUGUUUGCCUAAAAUUUAAUAAAAUAAAACAUGUCUGUAAUUGAAAUAAAAA